GCGCUGCUCGGCGGGGAGCAGACGAGAAGACCGGAAGCUCGAGGUCUAGCCGGCCGUUCCGGCGGGCGCUCUGUCCGGCGGGCCGCCUCCUCGCUGCCCCGGCGGAGGACUGACGGCAGGGAGCCGGCGGAGGCGGGGGGAGAGAGAAGAUGGCGGAGGCCUCGGCAGCGGCGGCGGCCGCCGUGUCCCAGCACCGCUUCUUCUGCCACAGCUGCAAGGGGGAGGUCAGCCCCAAGCUGCCGGAGUACACUUGCCCGAGAUGUGAAUCCGGCUUUAUCGAAGAAGUCACGGAUGAUUCCAGUUUUCUAGAUGGCAGCGGCAUCGACGACGGCCCAUCCACACAGUUUGCAGAGCUUUGGGACCAUUUGGACCACACGAUGUUCUUUCCCGACCUCAGACCCUUUCUGAGUAGCAGCUCACUGGAUCAAGACAGCAGGGACAAUGAGAGGGGCCACCAAGCUCACGCCGACCUCUGGGGACCAAGCCGACCCCCGCGAUUGCCCAUGACGCGAAGGUACCGAUCCCGGGGCAGCUCGCGCCCCGACAGGUCUCCUGCUAUCGAAGGAAUAAUACAGCAGAUCUUUGCGGGGUUUUUUGCAAACUCGGCGAUUCCUGGCUCACAACACCCUUUUUCCUGGAGUGGGAUGCUGCACUCCAAUCCCGGGGACUAUGCGUGGGGACAGAGCGGCCUUGAUGCUAUUGUCACCCAGCUCUUGGGGCAGCUGGAAAACACGGGACCGCCGCCGGCCGACAAAGAGAAGAUCUUGUCUCUCCCGACGGUGACAGUAACUCAGGAACAAGUCGAUACGGGUUUGGAGUGUCCGGUGUGCAAAGAGGACUACGCGGUAGCGGAGCAGGUUCGGCAGUUACCGUGCAAUCACUUCUUCCACAGCAACUGCAUCGUGCCCUGGUUAGAGCUGCACGACACGUGUCCCGUCUGCAGGAAGAGCUUAAAAGGGGAAGAUUCGACUCGGCAAACGCAAAACCCCGAGGCCUCGGCGAGCAACGGCUUCAGCAGCGAAAGCCAACUACACGAUCGAUGGACUUUCUGACGCUCGGGGGCUCUGGCCGGAGUAUUGUUCCUACAGAUGUACAUUGUAUUAUAAUUCAAACAGAAAAAAGAAAAACCCAAGAGUAGCAGGAAAUCUAGGGCUGGGGGCGGGGAGGGGUGGGGGUGGGGGGGGGAAGGAACCCGCCCCGUGGUAUUACUGCACCGAGUGCUGUCUUUUUCCCGAAACUUUAGCAUCUCCCAGCGAAUCGCGUCUCCGUUGGAAAUCGCCUCGUUAGUCCUAAAUCCCGAGCCUUUGGAGUGA